AUGGUUACUGUUAGAACAGUCAUGGCUCUUGCUUUUAUUCAUCAAUGGCCUCUUCUUCAGAUGGAUGUCUACAAUACUUUUCUCCAGGGUGAUUUAGUUGAGGAGAAUAAGAGGUUGAUUUCAGAAGAUAAGCUGUUAAAGGACAAGACAAGUUAUCAAAGGUUGAUUGGGAAGUUGAUUUAUCUCAUCAACACAAGGCCUGACAUUGCUUAUUCAGUACAAUUGUUGAGUCAAUUCAUGCAACAACCAAGGAAAUUAUACUUGGAUGCAGCUUUGAGGGUUGUCAGGAGGUCAGUAACAGGUUUUUGUGUGAAACUGGGGGACUCUUCGCUAUCUUGGAAGUCCAAGAAACAAAACACAAUUGCAAGAUCAUCUACAGAGGAAGAAUAUCGUAGCAUGGCAAUUACUGCAGUAGAAAUAGUGUGGUUAACAGGCUUGUUGAAUGAACUUAGGUUUAAAAACACAUGA